CGCGCCUUCGUAUGGUCCGAAACUUAACCUAAAAAUCAUCAAGUUCCCUUGCAUAAAGAGCGAAAUGAACAAUUCUCGCAAUUAAAUUACUAUCAUUCCAUCCAGCCAUCAAUCAUGUCAGCAUUAACUUUAUUCACUGAUGGAAUUUACUACAUCUGUCCUUUGAAAGACGUUUUUAUUCGUGGGCGGGAGUGUACAGUGAAAUAUUCUGAUAAUAAAAAAUACAGUGCACAUGCCUUAGUCAUUUUCAAUGAUGAAAAUCUUUUGACAAAAUUAAAAUUAAAUGCGGAAGGUGCCACUAACAAUGAAAAUAACGCAUGGAUAUAUGGGGCUUCAUCAGAAUUGUCGUAUCUUCAAGUUAAUAGGGCAAUGUCUAAAAAUGAAGGAGGAUCUUCUCUUUAUGUGGAAAAAAUUCUUCUUCCUGCAAUUACGAAAGGAAGAAACUUUGGUCCUUUCUCAUGGAAUGCUGUAGACUUUGAAGAGACAGUUCUCGAAAAUCUUCCACGUUUUCUGCACCUCAAAGUGGAGAAUAACGUUGCAGAGUAUCUACCUACAGUAAUUAAUGAAGAGACUGAAAAUACAAUCAAAGUACUAUCAGUACCCCUGUCCCAUUGUGAUCACUUAGUGAGGGAUGGGAGAAUUCGAUGGACUGACGAACAACGUACUCUGGUUUUAGCAGCUUUUAGUAAGUCGUUGGAAGUUGGUAAAAUUCCGUCAGGAGCCGAAAUGCAAGCUCUGAUCUACUGCAAUGCGUGUCUGAAAGGGCGUACGGUGCCUCAGAUAAGGUGCUGGUUACACACGCAAAGCAAGAAGAUGAGGAAAGAGGAGCCCAGUAAAUGUCAUAGCGGACGUAAGAGAGAGAUUCCAGAGACAGGAGUAUAUGAAGUUGAGGAUAACGAUGGCACAUGUGUACAUGAUCCAAGUACGAUCAAGGUACAAGAAAAUUAUUCUGACAUCUCACAAUCACCAUCUGGGGCUCUGACAAGAAUGAUUCCCAAAUCAACAAGUCCACUGAGAGUAUUAAGGCCUGCAAAUAUAAAUCUCAUGAUACACACAUAA